AUGACGGUGAAAAUUCUGAGUGAGAAAACUCUUCAUCCAACUCCUGAUCCUCUCAAUCGGAGCAUUCAAAAUGGCGUUGAGGGCCAUGAUGAACCAUCAAUUCCUGCCUUUUCGCUGAUGGUGGGAAGCACCGAUUUUAACAAUAUCCUGUCCACUAUCGCGAAUUUAUGCGACACGAUCGAGGACGAUAUCGAGGACGCCUACCCUUGCACCGCAGCACAGGAAGGACUUGUAGUCCUUUCUGCCAAGUCUCCACACAUGUAUGUCGCACGUUAUGUGUAUCGUCUGGAGGUCGGCAUCACUUUCGACCAGUUCCGUGCUGCGUGGAAUGCCACCGUCAAUGCCCAUACAAUCCUCCGCACGAGGAUCGUGCAGCUUGGCUCACAGGGCGUGUUACAGGCUGUCCUGCGAAGUGGUAUUGGAUGCCAAAAAAGCGGUAGUCUCCAACAGUAUCUUAUUGAGGACUGCAAAAAAGAGAUGGGAUUGGGUGCCCCGUUGGCGCGCGCAGGUUUCAUUCAGAACGCGGAUUCAACAAGCCCGGCUCAUUUUGUCAUCACACUGCAUCAUGCCUUAUAUGAUGACUGGUCACUAGCCUUAAUCAUGAAACAUCUAGAGGCCGUUAUUUCUGGGAAUAUGGUCUCGGAUCAGUCUUUCUCACGAUUUGCUGCAUACUGUCUGCAUGCAUUCAACGAGAAAUCCGAGAAUUUCUGGCGCAGUGAACUCACUCGCAUGGCUCCAACUUCAUUUCCAGCUCUACCAGCUGAAGCUUACGUCCCCAAAGCUACCAAGUCAUUUAUCCAUAUAACAAAUCUGAAUCAAUGGAAGGAUUUUGAUAAUCUAUCCACCACGGUCGCUCUGUCGUGGGCAAUCCUUGUUUCGCGCUAUACAGCAUCUGAAGAAGUCGUGUUCGGCCUCACUGACACUGGACGGCGCGCUAUAAUGCCAGGUGUCGAAUCAAUGAGUGGGCCAACCAUCAGCACAUUCCCCAUGCAGGUCUUGGUGCAAGGCGACGAGUCAAUUGGCGAUGCUUGGAAGAAGUUGCAUCAUCGGCGGGAAGAGAUGGUCCCAUAUGAGCAGUUCGGCCUCAAUCGAAUCCGCAAAUUGUCCUCAGAACACACGGAUUCGUGCAAUUUCCAGAGUCUCAUUGUCUUGCAACCGAAGAGGUAUGACGGUUAUUCUGUGUUCAGUGAAGUUACUCAAACUCAGGAUCUUGAAAACCAUGCCACGUUCGGAACAUACCCGAUCACCCUGGUUGUCGAACCGUCCGGAAACAAAGUCAGCGUGCAGGCCGUCUACGAUCAUUACAUCAUUCCGGAAGUCCAGAUGAAGAGGAUUCUGCAACAGCACUCGCAUAUUAUGAAGUGCAUCAGCCGUGCAAAACAUUCACGCGUGGCCGAGAUCGAGGGCUUAUGUCCCGAAGAUCGGAUGGACUUGCGGAAGUGGAAUGGUAUCAGGGCUCCUGGAAAUGUUCAGCUUUGUGCUCAAGAGUUGAUUUCAGAAGUGUCCCGAUCUCAACCGGACGUCACCGCUAUCUGUGCAUGGGAUGGAGAGUUCUCUUACGGCAGACUCGAAGCCCUGUCUAGUGGAUUCGCCUUGCAAUUGUCAGAGUCAGGACAUGCUAGACCAGAUAUGAUCAUACCUCUCUAUUUUGAAAAAUCUAAAUGGGUUGCCGUGGCCAUCUUGGGUGUCAUCAAAGCAGGUGCUGCAUUUGUCUUAUUGGAUCCCGCCACUCCAUCAAUGCGAUUAAAGACCAUCUGUGAGGAUGCUCAAGCACCAUUCGUGGUUUGCCCUCCAGAAUUGGCAUACAAUGCAAAAAGCCUUACAGGCAGCACCAUGGUAAUUGACACUGAUGAUAGCCACACCAAUGGACUUGCAGAUCGCGCUCAUCAGUAUAUCCCGUCCAAUGUUAGUCCCUCCAAUAUUCUCUACGUCGUCUAUACCUCAGGGUCUACAGGCAAGCCGAAAGGAGUGGUCAUCGAACACGGAGCAUUCUGUUCAAGUGCAUUGGCCUAUAUAGAGGCUGUUGGGAUGGACAGGGAAACAAGGGCCUUACAGUUCGCUUCGUACUCAUUUGAUGUGAGCGUGACUGAUCAUCUGGCAACCUUGCUCGCCGGUGGCACUGUCUGUAUUCCUUCGCCCGAUGAUAGGAUGAACGAUAUUAUUAGUGUUGUUAAUAGAUUCAACAUCAACUAUGCCGACUUUACGCCAUCCUUCCUUCGUGCAUUACGUCCUGAAGACAUGCCAUGUCUGAGGACCAUUGCAGUCGGUGGAGAGGCGCUAUCUCGAGCAGUAAUCGACAUCUGGGGGAAUCAUGUCCGUCUGAUUAAUGUAUAUGGCCCAGCCGAGUGCUGCGUUCUCACCACUAUUCAAUUGCAAGUUACUUUGGAUUCUGAUCCUUUGAACAUUGGAUUUGGAACCGGAGCUGUCUGCUGGAUUGCCGAUAGCAAUGAUCACAAUCGGCUUGUUCCCAUUGGUGCCAUCGGUGAGCUGCUAAUCGGAGGCCCGAUUGUUGGACGUGGAUAUCUAAAUGACACCGAAAAGACGACAGCUGCCUUUGUUGACACCCCAGGCUUUCUACGCAAUAUGUUGACAUUAUUGUCACAUAAACGAGUUUACAAGACAGGCGACUUGGUACAAUACGCAUCUGAUGGCUCUAUCCGAUUUUUGGGCCGAAAGGAUAUGCAAGUGAAGCUACGCGGUCAGCGAAUCGAGCUCGGGGAGAUUGAGUACUGUUUAAACCAGUCACUUGAUGUUGCCGGUUUGGUGGUGGAUGUGAUCAAGCCUAGAAGCAGCACUGGCAUGCUGGUGGCCUUUAUUCUUCGAGACCAAGUGGAUAACUUUGAAUCGAAAGACAUCCUUUCUGACCCCGACGAUGAUUUUCAGUCCUCCAUUAUUCAGGCAGAGGUGCAACUAAGAUGCCAACUUCCCGGGUAUAUGGUUCCAUGCCUUUUCUUUCAGCUAACCAGAAUGCCCACAACAGCAUCGGGAAAAAUAGACCGCAAGCUGCUCAGGGAUCAUGCGGCUUCUCUUUCUCUGGAAGAUCUACAGCGAUAUGCAGCAGCAAAGCAAGAAAAAAGAUUUCCUUCGACCCAACAAGAAAGUGACAUGCAUGAAUUGGUGGUCAGUCUCCUCGGCUUGAAGCCCGAGGCCGUCGGUAUGGACGAUACCCUGUUUAGCUUGGGAGGGGACUCAAUCACGGCUAUGCGGCUAGCUGGAUUGGCCAUGGAUAAAGGGAGGGAGUUGACUGUUGCUCAAAUUUUUGCACACCCAAAACUUUGUGAUAUGGCGUUGGUAAUGCAAAAGCCCUCCCAGCGAUCCGCUCUCAAGAAAUACCGGCCAUUCUCCCUCAUCGAAAAUUCCAAAUUUGAGGAAAACAAUUCCAUCAGACACGAAGCAAUGCAUCAAUGCAAUGUCAUGAGCGAAGCCCUUGAAGAUAUCUAUCCAUGUACGGCUUUGCAGGAAGGCAUGAUGUUUCUUUCCAUCGCAAACGCUGGUACCUAUCAGUGCCGUUAUCUCUACGCAAUUCCACCUGAGAUGACAGAGAAAGAACUGGAGGAGGCAUGGAAACGUGUUACGGAAUCAAAUACCAUUCUGCGUUCCCGAUUAUUUCAAGCCGGCUCUCGGUUGUACCAAGCGGUCAUUCGUGGCGACCAUGUGGUGUGGGAUAAACCCAAUGACUUGGAAGAUUAUAUCACCACAGAUGCCCAGCGACAGGUCGGUCUUGGUGAGCAGCUCGUUCGCAUGGCAAUCUCUCCGGCUACAUCGAAUGGGUGUCGAGUUUGGGUUUUGUCAUUGCAUCAUUCUCUCUGUGAUGCAUGGACGGUUCGGAAAUUCCUGGAGCAGACCGCGGCGGCUUAUAGAGGACAGACCCUGCGUCCUCGGCACUUUUCAUCAUUCAUUGAAUACGUGGUGGAAAAUGAUGGCGAUAAAUCCAAGGAUUUCUGGCGCGCUGAGCUCGCCAAUCUUGAUCCGCGUGCCGGUGCUUUCCCGCCAGUUCCUUCGGCCCGUUACUCUCCCCAGGCGGGAGGAUCGUUGACAUAUCCCGUCAUGAAUCUCACCGGCAAAAAUAACGGCCAUACCCUGACCACAGUCAUUCGUCUAGCUGUUGCCAGUGUUAUUUCCCGAUUCACUGGAUCCCGUGAUGUUGUGGUUGGCGUCACAUCAUCGGGACGCCUUGCCUCGCUCGCUGGGAUUGCGACCAUCACCGGUCCAACUCUAGCGUCGUAUCCCAUGCGCAUUCAAGUGCACCCGUCUCAGAAAGUCGAAGCAGCGCUAAGAGAGAUCCAAACGACAAGUAUCCGUGCUCUGGAAUUCGAACAUUAUGGUCUCCAACAUAUCCGCAACAUCAGCGAGGACACUGCCCGUGCUUGCCAGCUACAGACAUACUUGAAUAUCUUGCCCGUCGAACAGCUUCAGGCUCCAGAGCCAUUUGUCAGCCAAGAAGAUUCUGCCAGUCGUGUGGAGUUUGGUGGGUUUGCGCUUGCUAUGACCUGCUUCUUGGAACAACAGAAUAAGGGGUUCACAGUGCAGGCAAACUACGACACUGGAGUCAUCUCGCAUGAUGAGUUAAUAACCUUCUUUUUUCAAGUUCAACAAGUGGUUCGUCAGAUACAGUCGGACGAAUCAAUCACCCUGGACCAAAUCCAUGUCGAAAACCCAAAAAGUGGCAUUAAGGAGCAGCUGCUCCCGAGUUCGGAGUCAGCUAAUGGUAUUUUCUCGAAAUUUUCUGAUAACUCCGAGGAGGCUUCCAUGCACACGUCUAGCCUUGGACUUUCCGAUUGUUCAAAUAAAGCCCCAUUCACCGAACAAGAGUGCCAGAUACAACAGCUGGUGGCGACGACCUUGAGCCUGGAUCCAAAAACCGUCUGGAUGAACAGCAACUUCUUCGAUCUUGGCGGGGACUCUAUCACUGCUAUGCGUCUAGCGACAAUAGCGAGACGUGAAGGGCUAGCUCUGAAUGUCAAGGAGAUUUUCUCAUAUCCUGUCUUGUCCGAUCUUCUUGAUCAGUCAAUCCGGAUAAUGGACCCUAGAAAUGAUAACAGAAAUGGCGAUCGUGUAACAAUGACAAAAGUAAAUUGCAAGAGAGCAGAAAAUUAUGCCGACCUUCUUGCCAAACUGCCGGCUAAAAUCUCGAAGGAGAUCACUGAGAUUCUCCCAACCACCGAGUUUCAACGGAUGACCCUGGCCCAAUUCUAUCCCCGCUACAUCUGGAUCUCUUUGCCAGAAAAUCUUGACGAAGCUCAACUACUACAUGCCUGCCAGCAGAUUUUGCAGCAUCAUCCUAUUCUGCGCAGUGCCUUUGCCAUCAACUCUGAUGGUGACUUUAAGGAGGUUGUUCAAUUUAUUAUGGGGAAACUUGAUAUCCAGUUGAUCCGGCAUGACAGUGUCCCUGAUCUCACCGAGUUUUGCGCCCAGGACUCAUUCAAAAUGGCAGUUCCAACAGAUGGCCAACCGCCGUUUCAGGCCCAUUUGAUAACGCUACAAGGGGAUUCUCAACGCAAGCUUGUGCUUCGUGUCCCGCAUGCCCAGUUUGAUGGUUUGUCUAUCGCUGUUGUUUGUGGCGAUCUAGCUACCGCGUAUAAUGGAAAGCCACUCCCCCCGGCGGCCUCGUUCGCUGAUCACAUUAGCCGUGUCGAAGCCAAAAGGACAGUGGAAGCAUAUGCGCUAUGGCGGAGAGUCUUGCAGGGCGCGAAAAUGACGUCCCUGGUCAAUCUUGGGUUACGGGAUGAUCCAGCAAGUCUGCCAGGGAGAUCAACAGAAGAUUCAAACAGAGAUAGGAAAGAUCCAGUGAUGCUCCUGGCUGCUAAACAGAUUCCACUUCUCAAACCCCAGUCCGGGAUCACUAUGGCUACAGUGGCAAAGACGGCAUGGGGACUUACCUUGGCAGGGCUCAGCGAAGCCGACCAGAACUUCGGCAAGAAAGAGGAGUUUUCCCAGGAAAUUGUCUUCGGUCAAGUUGUUCACGGGCGAAACUUGGAUAUUGAGGGCGAAGACCGAAUGGUCGGACCUUGUCUCAACAUAAUCCCUGUGCGAAUGCACAUUUCACCCACAGACAGAAACGAGAGCAAUGACAACCUAGCUCUACUCCUCCAAGUCCAACGGCAACAUAUCGAGACCAUGCCAUUCGAGAACCUUGGUCUCCAAGAGAUCAUCAAGCACAGCACCUCAUGGCCAUCUUCCACAGAAUUUGGCAGCUUUGUCCGAUUCCAGAACAUGGAUGAAGAGGACCCUUGCGUUAUGGAUGGGGUUUCUUGUGAGACAUCGAUGUACGCACUACCAAACCGGCCAUCAAGUACGGCGAAUGUGCUUGUAUUGGUGACUAAAACAGGGCUGGAAGCCAUCAUGACGGUCUCGGAUGAGAAUAUGGAUCAGAAGUAUGCAGAUGGAAUCGUGGAGAGUUUCUGUGGUUUCAUGCAGGGUCUUUGCGUUGAUGCAGCAAGGAACGAUUCUAAAUAG